AUGAUGCUCCCUGUUCGGCCUUCCUCCUUGUUCUCCCACCGUGGAGUGCUGCUGAUCAUUCUGUGCAUCCUCAACGACAGAUCUCGGGCCCUGACGGCAAGUCGCAAUCGCCAUGGAGACAGCAGAGCAACAACGACCUCUCCUCCCGUCACCCAGCUGUCCCUUGCUCGAAGAUUCCGUGAUGACAAGGGAUAUGAACAUGAGCACGACGAACUGUCACGACAAAGAUCCACGGAUCGACCUACAUUGCGAAAGACACAACUGAUUGGACCACCCAUUAUGCCCGGCAAACCGAAGAUUGUUGUUCUUGGAGCGUCGGGUCGAAUUGGCCGUUUGGUAGUACGACAACUGCUGGAGAUGAAGCAUCUGGACGCCACCAUCAUUGCCUGUGUAAAGGAUUACGACAAGGCGUGCAGAGUUCUGUACGAUGACAUGUCUCUCGCCACCCGACAAAAUUCCAAGGACUCGACUUACCAUUGUGGAAAGCCCGUGGUGGUGCCCAAAAUCCGAUACAUUCGAGUCUCGGACAACUGCCUCUGUCAGCCGGUCUGGGAGAUGGUGCCACUUUUGACAAACAUCUUUCGUUCCAACGUGUUUCGAUAUCAUGACAUGGCCGAGCGUCUACUCGAAUCUUCUACAUUGAUUGAUACUGUGAUUUUGAGACCUGGAGACCUUGUAGACAACGAACGAGACGUGAACACGACGCACAUCCAGGUCGAUCCCAGCGGCGAUAUCCCAGCACCCGCGAUUGUGGGCCGUGAGGAUGUUGCCUCUCUGGCGGUGGCAUCUGCUUUGUUUCGAUCUCCUCGACAGAAAGAAGCUGAAAAGGUGGACGUUUCAGAAUCUGAUACAGGUUCUACUCAGACUCAACAACACGAUCCUUUUCACUGUAAGCUUGCCGUUCGUUGGGUCGGCAGUGAUAUGCAUCCAUAUCCAGCACAAGGGAAAAAGAAGGAUGGCUUUCGUACCGCUCAAAUCUCUUUGCAAAAAGCGCUGGCGGUGAUUAAGAAGGCCGAAAAGAAGGAACGACGUAUCGAGCUGCGAAGGCAGCGUACGAUGCUGUCGUCAUCGUUGGUGGAAUCGUAUCCAGAAACGGUCGUGAGGCUAGCCCAGAACUUUCAAACUCGACGAAAGAAGCGACAAUUAAAGCCUUACGGCAUUGCGUCUGCAAUUCCAAUCUACUUGAUGUUGGCAUUGGCCACGCGAUCGCUGGGACGACUUCUUUGGACGGUUCUCUGCACCCAAACAUGGGCCCAGCCUCUGGUGACUCUUAUACAGAAAGUUUCGGCCAUGUUGAUUGCUUUCUUGGCACCUCAUUUACAAAUCCUACAGCAGUUCCUGGCACGGCAUAUUCCACGUGGUUUGCGAAGGGCGUUUGGAUCCAAGCAGUACAUUAGCUUUUGA